AAACGAAGAUUUCUGAUUCUUAAUUUUUAAUUAAGACGAAUUUUGUUACAUUAAUUGCUAAACAAUUAUGAAGAUGACUGUCAGUUUGAGAACAAUGGGUUUUAUGAAAUUAAGUCGUGUUCGACAAAGUUUAAACAUGCGCAAGUAUGUGACUGAUCAGCAUCUCGCAGACGGUGAGGUGAAGAAACGAAAGAUACCACUGAACAUCGAUACCAAUAUGUUGAAAAUCGGUUUCCUUGGCGGGGGAAAAAUGGCCCAAGCGCUUGCUAAAGGUUUUAUACGAGCGGGUUUAAGCAAAGGCGAAAUGAUACUGGCUAGUUGUCUUCCAAAUGAUACCGACAGUAUUGAAACUUUUAAGGAAAUGAGAUCAAAUACUGUUUUUACGAAUAUACCUGUCAUCGAUCAUGGUGACGUGCUAAUUCUUUCGGUAAAGCCGCAAGUUGUACCAAAAGUAUUAUCAGAGUUUCGGGUACACGACAACAAGAAGUUACUUCUUUCCAUCGCCAUGGGUAUCUCUCUGGCGUCAUUAGAAAAGGCGCUGCCAAAAGAAACGCCCGUGAUAAGAGUAAUGCCAAAUACACCUGCAUUAGUUGGCUGCGGUGCUACGGUAUUUGCACGUGGAAAAUACGCGAGUGACAAGGAUGCCGAGAUUGCAGAAAAGCUAUUUUCCGCCGUAGGCAUUUGUGAAGAAGUACCGGAAAAUUUUAUCGAUCCUGUAACUGCUUUGGCCGGUUCCGGUCCUGCCUAUAUAUAUAUGAUAAUCGAAGCAAUGGCCGAUGGUGGAGUUAAAAUGGGACUUACUAGGCCUAUUGCAUAUAAGCUUGCUGCGCAAACUGUCUUAGGCGCCGGUACAAUGGUUCGCGAGACAAAUCUUCAUCCAGCACAACUCAAGGAUUACGUUGCUUCACCAGCAGGUUCGACCAUAACUGCUAUUCAUCAAUUAGAGAAGCAUGGCUUAAGAUCAGCAUUAAUCAACGCUAUAGAGGCAGCAACACUUCGAUGUAGAGAAGUUAGUUCACAGACCAACCAGAAUUAAUGGUGACAAUUAUUGUUGUAUUGUCAUUUUAAAGAAUGAUAGUAGGAGACACGGUAAAGUCUCGGUAUAAAAUAACGUAGACAAUAUUUCUGUCCAAAGAGCACCAAAAAAAGCUAAUUUUAUAUAUAUACUUGGAAAUAUCAAUAUUAAAUCUUAACUGGAUUUUAAAAUGACAAUUGAGAUAUCUCUAUUCUCUA